AUGCCAUCUUCUCCAGAGGUAAAAUUAAAAUUGGACUACAUUUAUAACAACGAAGAUGUUAGAAAAAAUGUCUACCUUCCAAGUAGCGACACUUUUACUUUUCUUGAAGUUUUAGAAGAUGAGGUUGAAACCAUUUCUCCAAAUGUUCAUGUAGCUUUGGAAAUGGGAACAGGAAGCGGUUAUUUGGGGUUAUCCCUACUCGAGCUACUAUUAAAAAAGAACAAAAAGUUAGAUCUCUUAUACUGUGUUGAUAUUAACGAAAAGGCCUGUGAAUGCGUAAAAAAAUUAACAGUUGAAAAUAAAAUUUCAUGCGUUGAUAUAAUUAACACUGAUUUGUUUAAUAAUUUGAGGAAGUGUAAACAAUUUGAUCUAGUCCUAUUUAACCCUCCGUAUGUUGUAACAGAGCAAGACGAAAUGAAUAAAACAGAUAUAGUUGCAUCCUAUGCAGGAGGUAAACAUGGAAGAGAAAUUAUUUUAAAAUUUUUAUUAAAUGUAUAUGAUUAUGUUAGUGAUCAGGGGGUUAUUUACCUACUCAUGGAAAAAAAUAACAAACCAGAUGAAAUUUUAAAACAUGCAAAUAUAUCAAACAAGUUCAAUUACGUAGAAUUGAAAAAGAAAAAAACACUUAAUGAAACAAUUUUUAUUUACAAACUUAGCAAAAAAUGUUCCUAG